AUUGUUCAGUGUCAGAUCCCAUAUUGAAACUGUCUUUUUUCGGUAAGCGCAGCUAAGUUUCUUUCUUUCCGGUUCACCAUGCCUUUCCAGAGGUUUGUACAGACUGGCCGCAUUGCCAAAUGCUCAGCGGGUCCCUUGAAGGGCCGCCUGGUUGCCAUUGUUGAUGUUAUUGAUCAAACACGGGUGCUCGUUGAUGGUCCAUUAACCGGUGUACCACGUCAAGAAUACAGAUUGAACAAUCUGCAUUUGACGAAAUACCGUAUCAAGUUCCCCUUCACUGCUCCAACACGUAUUGUGCGAAAAGCAUGGAAGGACAGCGACAUGAAAGCCCAAUGGAAGGCUAGCCCAUGGUCUGCCCGCUCACAAAACAUCUGCAAGCGCUCACAUUUGAACGAUUAUGAUCGUUUCAAGCUGCGUUAUGCGAAGCGUCAACGCAACAAGUUGCUUACUGUUGCUUUCAACACAUUGAAGAAGCGCACCAAGUCCGACGGCACAGAGCGUAAAUUGAAGAAGGACAAACGCGAGCGUAUUCGUGAAUUGAAAGCGCAAGGAGUGAAGAAGGGUGCUGCUAAAAAGUAAAAAAUAAAUCAAUGUGUUUUAACUUUUCAACUAAGUAUGCAAUGCAUUCUUAGUUGGCUACUUUUCGGAGGAAAAUAAAGUUAUUUUAUAGGAAUAAAGAGA